ACUUGUUUGUACGUGAAAAAUAAUUCGGAUUCCAAACUGCAAAAUUCAAAAUAUGUUUUUCGAUUUAUUUCAAAAUGAUGAUUCAUGGAGCCCGAGAUCAACUCCCUAUGGGUUAUGGGAGGAAAACCCCACGUCGGUUUGGUAGUCGCGUGGGGGAGUCCAAGCCGGACUCCUAACGGACUUGCCUUCCGGCCGAUAGAAGCGGGGUAUUUGCUCGCCGGCCGGAGCGGAGAGAGAGAUAGAAGCCGUUCGAUCGCGGGGUGACAGGAAGCGUAGAAUCCAACGAAAGGAUGACUGAAACCAGUGAAGCCAGCCAUGCCGCGCCAGUGAAGGACAAGGAUCCGCCGCUGGAGCCGAAGCCGGAGAGGCAGAAGAUGCAGGUGGAGGAGGUGAGCUGGCGGCAGCCGCCACCUCACUCUACCUUCGAUCUCCCGCCGUACUACCAGGAUCCAGAUCCCGAGGCGCCGGAGUACUUCGACGACAUGGCCGUGUUCUACCUGGAGGCGGCCCGCCGCCUCCCCAUCGCCCAGAUGCCGAAGCUCGCCUGCUACCUCUCCUUGGGCGGCCUCCUCCUCGGCCUCAACAAUCCGGUCACCAACAUCAUCGUCAACGCCAUCUACCUCAUGGGAAGCUCCAGAGCCUCCGACGCCCUGCCGGCCGGCGUCGACCCGGUGCGGCACGCCGCGGACAGGGCCUCGUACGUCGACAUUGCGCGCAAGUCCCGCGCCGCACUCGUCGUCUUCAUGACCUUCUACUUCCGCCACCUCACCCAGGCCCAGGCCAAGCGCUACCUCCGCGCCGCCCGCCACGACCUCGCUCUGGCGAUCGGCCUCGUCGAGUGGCACCGCAAUGCCGGUGGCUUCGAGCUAUCCCCGGACUGUAGCAGGACCAGGACAGCGCUCCGUUACGCCGCCAAAGUACCCAUGCUGCUGGACGACCCCCACGACCUCGUGCAGCUCCUGGCGUCCAGGUUCCCAUGCCACCUGCUCGACCCUGUCCUCGACGACCUCCGCCGAGGGGGACAGCUCAGCGUCGGCCGCGUCAACGACAUCCUCAACUUGCUUCGACACCCAUGGUCGCCGCCGCCGCCGCCACUGCCGGCCCCCACUCCCGGCACCUUCCAUGAUGCCGACGGGAACGUCACCAUAAUCGCCAACAUCGGGCAGGACCUCUUCUCCACCACGACCAUUACAAGACACCGUGCCGCAACUUUGGAUAACAACAAACACGGCGACUUUGUCACCACGACCACCAUCUCUAGGCAUCCUAGCCGCCCCAACGACGACAACGACGAUUUGGCCGCCGCCGCCUAUCUGACGACAGGAUCAGACACGAAAAGCAGACUAUGCUCCUUCCUGAACAGCACCACCGCGCUUCAACUGCAACCGGACACCAACUCUCUCAAGAUGUGCCUUCUCGACACCAUACACGCCUUGUACAUCCAGGCGCUCGCCAUGCUGCCGAGCGACCACCAGCCCCGCCUCCUCCGCGCCAUGCUGGCCGGCGGGCACUGUUACGGCGUCAUGGAGGACCCCGUGUCCAACAUCGUCGUCAACUCCAUCUGGUACAACGCACGCUUCCCAGACCCCCAAACCGCCAAUGAGGAAGACGAGGAUUUCCUGAUCACUAGCAGCCGUGCCGAAUCAUCUUCUCUCCACGGACUCAUCGCCAUCCUCCGCGCCGAUCGUGGCGUCACGGAGCAAGAGGCGGUGGCAUGCCUCCGUGACAACCUCCGCAACCUCUCUCACCUGAUGAGCUCUCUGAACCACCAAUCUUUGGCUGCCGCGGCAGAGGCGGCCAAACACCCCCAGCCGGCUGCCCUCGUGGCAUUCCUCACGACGUUGCUGACACCUGAGAAAGGUGAUCACCUGCGCUCCUUGCUGACAAACAAAAAUGCUCUCUCCAAUGCUGACUUCAAAGAUCUAAACACGAUGAUAGCCGGCAAUGACGUUGCAGCAGCACCGGUGCAAAUAAUGGCUGCGACUCCUAAUCCGGGCCGAUCGGCCUUGAACACAAUGCCUGGGGCGACGGGGCCAGGGGGAAUGUCCAUGUUCAGCACGUCCAUCUUCAACAAGAUGCCCGCCGCACUGGUGCAAACAACGGUGCCUGAUCGCGGGCCGAAGUCUUAUGUUCGUACCAAGGUCGAAGAACUGCUUCUGGACUACGGACGUAAUUAUCCUCUGGGACCUCGGUACAAGCUUUGCGUCAUCUGCGGAAUGGCGUCCAAGUCAUGGUACUGCUUCAGAGGCACAACAUGCUACCAUGUCAACUUUCUGGCGAGCACCCUUGUUCCAAAUGACGAUGCUACCACGUCACCCCCUCCAGAGUGCAGACUGUUCUUCACCGAAUUCUGGACCAAUGCUGAUGACGGCUUUGAAUCCUCAAAGAAGCCACCCGUCUGCUGCCCGAUUCAGGACUACCAUGCAUUCCCUGGUCGCUGCUUCAUCUGCGAGUGCGCUUUGGUACGGAUUGUGCAUCCCCCUUGUGGCAACUACUUCUUGCGCCAAGAGUACUCCACUGAUUCGUUAUGUGCCAUCACGGCGCGUCAUGCAGAAUUUGGUGAGUAGGGUGUAUAUAUGUGGUCGGACACUGAUCUUGGUGAGUAGGAUUCAAGUGCUCGUGGAAAGGGUGUAGUAUGUGUUUGUGUGGUUGGCUUCUAGGCUAAGGAUAGUUUGGCGGUGUCAGUUGUAACGUGUGUCAUAAUUGUUGCUCGUGUUCUCCUCUUGAGUGGUAGGGUCAAAUAUAUAGUAUCCGUCGUCCAAAUUCUAUUU